CCUUACCCAACCUCAUGAAAGAGAGAGAUGCUUCUUCGUUUUCAGUGGAGAGAGAAAUGAACACAAACAGAUUAUAGCAGUUGUGCAUAGCAAAGAAAGACCAUCUCUAAACUACUCUCUUUCCUCAUUUCCUCUCUAUAAAAACUCAUUUUCUCCAAGCAACCCACAAUCUCAAUUCUUGAUUCUCUGCUCAGAUUUAGCCUUUCUGCUGGGGAAUGCGAUGCGAUUAUUGAGGAGGAUCGCGGGAUUUCUUGGGUUUGUUAAAGACGAAGGUGCCCACGAAGUGAAAGACCAAGAAUCAGUAGAAGAUGAUCAUCAUCGUAACAACCACCGCCAUCACCAACAAUCCCGUUUUCCUUCCAAUUAUGAAGAAACUGGGCUUCCCCGUAAAGGCUUCGGCGUCCCCGUUAAGGUCGCCGUAGACCGUGCGCAGCUCGGCCCAGUUCUGGUCCCUUCUAGCUCUGGAGAUGGAGGCGUCCAGGGUCUGAGAUGGCACGCAAAGCGCCUCAAGAUGGAUGAAGAUGGAGAUGUGGCAGAUGAAUUCCUUGAAGAGGUUUUACCAGAGACAUCAUCCUGUGUUGACCACCAGAAACCGUUGCCGAGGUUUAAAGUGAAGUGCAGUGCCCGACCCGCAAAAAUCAAGAACCAGGUGAUUUCCCAUGAUGGGAAAAUCCAAGUGUGUGUAGAAUAUCAAGGUAGAUUACAGUUGAUGUGAUGUAUUUUAACAUCAAAAUUGAGGUUUGUGGGUUGGGUUUCACUGUCAAGUCUAUAGCAGUAGCAUAUUGUUGGCUCAUACAAAAGCUAAGCUAAGCUAAUUCUUUUAGAUGAGAUUUGUGGUUUUUCAAUGUAGCAUGAAUUGGGGAAACCAUCCACCCAAAAUGUAUUAGUAUCUGUACUGUAUUACAAGACUUUUUACGCAAUUGGUUUUACUGGAAGAUAUUGAUUUAGACUCCUUAA